AUGGCUAAACCGUAUCCUCAAGUUAUUCUUCUGGGGGAUUCCCUGUUUGAGUUUGCAGCUCAUACUUUGAGCGGCUUCUCAUUCCAAUCGGCUCUGCAAACACGGCUAAUAAGAAGAUUCGAUGUGGUCAAUCGCGGCUUUGCGGGGUGGAACACGACAAAUGUCCUCAAGUAUGUGCCCGAGAUUUUCGCGGAACCAUCCGCCUCAUCACCAAAGAUUGAGUAUUUGAUGAUUCUCUUGGGAGCAAAUGACGCCGUUAUCGAUGGAGCGACCACAUCGCAGCAUGUUCCCAUUGAGACAUAUAAGGAGAACCUCCACAAGAUUAUAAAUCAUCCUCGCAUACGGGCUCACAACCCCAAGAUUUUGCUAGUUACUCCUCCUCCAGUGGAUGAGCUUAAGCUCCAGGUGGUAGACGUGGCUUAUGGUCAUCCAUCAGCGGUCCGAUCGUCAGCUAUGUCUGCAUCAUAUGCGGACAAAGCUCGGGAGGUAGCCCGCGAGAACCCGGGAGUAGUUCUUAUUGACCUCUGGCAAGCAAUCAUGGGCGAAGCCAUUUCCAUGUCGCCAGAGGAUUACCAACCUGGGGGGCCUUGGCUGGGAUCGCCCGAGAAUGGGAAGCAAGGAGGGCUGGACAAGCUUCUACCGGAUGGACUUCACAUGGGUGGACUCGGAUACAGAGUGUUUUUCGAUGAGAUCAAGGCGCAUAUUGGGCAAGACAUCAAUCCUGAUGACAGGACAGAUUACAUCGUUCCGGAUUGGAGGACUGUUACUCCGCCAAAGGUUGCUCUGCCAAAGGUAAAGCCCUUUCCCCUUGAGUAA